AUGAAUCUUUAUAUUCAUAAGUAUUUCAUCUAUGAGAUUUAUAAAGUGUGCAUUAUAGUGUAUAAAAGGAAUCUUCAACACAAUAACUUAACUGGACCUCUUCCAGAAUGGAUAUCUAAACUCUCAAGACUUAAAGAGUUGAUACUCAACAAUAACUAUUUCAAUGGAAGUUUGCCCAACUUGUCAGAUUUGACAAAGUUAAAGACACUGCAUCUCCAAAAUAAUUACCUAAGUGAUAAACUUCCAGACUGGUUAUCUAAACUCCCCUGCCUCAAAGAAUUGAAUAUAGCGAAUAAUAAUUUCAAGGGUGUCAUUCCGCAAGAGCUUCAACAUCUCAAACAAAUUAAUUUCACAUUCGAGUAA